ACACAGCUGAACACGGCGAGUCCUGGUCUGAGGCUGGUCUCUAAGAACAGGCAGGAUUCUUAGAUCUGGCUGGUCUGAUCUGAACAGGCUUCGUGAUCUGAGACAAUCUGGUUUGGACUCUGGGUUAGGUUCGGUUCGAACAAUGACUUUGGUUUUAUGCUUGACGCAUUCACUUUCCGCGCGGUGAUGCGGCUCGCAGAUGGAACGCGCUUCACAACUCGCAGUGUUUAUGGUUUGUGCGGCUUGUCUCUGCGCAUUCACUAUGCCUGGCAAAGAGUCCAAACGCAAGGCGGAUGCUGCUAAGCGCAGCAAUCGUCCAGCUCCGCCUAUUCGUAUCGGGAUUCCAACGCACAUCAAUGAUGAUGUUAAUUUUUCUGGAACUGGCUUUCGUCAUCGAGUUCGUCGUUGGCCGACCAGUGUGAUUUCUAACAAAGCUCACAAGUUGGUCCUUCCAGAUGAGAUUCCUGACAAGAAAUUCAUCCUACUUGUUGGGGACUCCCACUUGAGGUCCGUGGCAGACGGCAUAGUCCCUAUGCCGGUUGGCGGCCUCGCUUUUGGUGUGAUGUCCACUCCAGGAGCCUGUGCAGAUCUUCUGCGCCUUGAGGUUUCACAGGCUGUGUUACCUCGGGAGCCUGAUGCUGUUUGCGUCAUGGCUCCUUCUAACAACCUUACGGCCAGCAGAACAGUUGAAGAGGCAGGGGAUGCAUUUGAGCGGUACCUUUUGGCUGUUCUCAGUCGCUGGCCUAAGGUUUUCUGUACCUCCAUGAUUCCCCGUUUAGUUGGAUCCUGGGAGCGUCAAGACCUGUUUCAGCAGGAGUACCACCGCAGAUCGGCUAAGCUAGGUGUAAGUUAUGUGCCGAUCCACGAUCACCUACCCAGGUAUCGUCUUAAACUGUGGUGCCGUGAUGGUAUCCACCUCAGUGAUAAUCACGGGAUGCCUAUACUCACGCAACUGAUGUGGAAUGCCUCCUAUCAGUUCUUGGAGACACACGCACCAAAGCCACUGGUGCAGCACCAGGUGUCUCGUCCGCAGAAAGCGAGUAUUGUGCCCCGUGUGGUUGUGAAGGGUGUGGAACGCAUUCCACCUCCACGCCCUUCCGAAUGGACGUUUGUGAGACCUAGCGGGAAGAGAAACCAUUCAGGGGAAUUUGAAAAGACUUCUAAUUCCCCCAAGAAACUAGUGGUUUUUUCUAAGGUUUGUGAAUGUUUUUGAUUGAUCUUUUUCAAAGAAUUUUGAUUAGAUGAUAAUAUGUGGUGAAUUUUCUUCAAUAGGCUGAUGACACUUCAGUGGCCUUGAAGGAGUGUUUCAUCCCCCUGAAUCCCGUUAGGUUCUCACCUUCAAUUCUGGCUGCCAUGGACACGAUUGCUCCAGCGGAUGGUUCCACAGAUAUACAGGUAGCUUUAAAGCAAAAGUUUAUUAUUAUCUUUUAAUGUAAAGUGUAAUGUUGUUCCUGGUGCUUGUAAUAUGGGCUGUCUGUAUGGUAUAUUUGAAAGUAUUGUACUUAACCGUAUUAUUUUCUGUUUGUAGACUACAUCUGUGCGACAUUUUAAGAAAGCAGCUAGGCGUGUCCAGCAGGAGGUUGAUUCAUUAAAUUAUCUGGCAUACAAAUACAUUGUGGUGUUAUUUUUCUUAAC